UUUGACGAUACAGUGUUAUCGGCAGUUUGUUUCAUUUUUCGUGGGUAUAAAAAUCCGUUUCACUACCAAAACCCCAUGCACUGUGAGAAGAAAUUUUAAAAAGCGCGUCUACGUGUCUCUCUCUCACCGAAUCUUCAGAUCUCCUUCUUCUUCUUCUUCUUUCUCUUCUUUUCUGAACUGUUGAUUUCUAGGCAUUUGAAUUGUUCUUCGAAGCUCUGAAUCUGAGCAACAAUGCCGGUGAAAGGGAGGCACUCGCGCGCUCCGUCUCGGAAAUCGUCUUCGUCUACCUUUGUUUUAGCUAUGUUGAUCAUGUUCUCCUUCCUUGUUCUCAUCCUUCUUGCUCUCGGAAUCCUCUCCAUUCCCAGCAGUUCCCGCAAAUCUCAGAAAGCCAUUGAUCUCAGCUCAAUCGUUCACAAGACUCUGGACAGUGAAGAAGAUGACGGCAGAGGUGAUCAAUGGGUCGAAGUCAUCUCUUGGGAGCCAAGAGCCUUCAUUUAUCAUAAUUUUUUGUCUGAGGCUGAAUGCGAUUAUCUGAUCAAUCUUGCUAAGCCUCACAUGCAAAAGUCCGAAGUUGUUGAUAGUGAGACUGGCAAGAGUAAAGAUAGUAGGGUGCGUACUAGCUCUGGAACUUUUCUGGCUAGAGGACGUGAUAAAAUAAUCCGGAACAUUGAGAAAAGAAUUGCAGAUUUCACCUUCAUACCUGUAGAAAAUGGGGAAGGACUUCAAAUUCUCCACUAUGAAGUGGGCCAAAAAUAUGAACCUCACUACGACUACUUUCUUGACGACUUUAACACUAAGAAUGGGGGUCAACGCAUUGCUACAGUUCUAAUGUACCUCUCAGAUGUUGAAGAAGGGGGUGAGACGGUAUUUCCUGUUGCCAAAGGAAAUUAUAGUUCUGUGCCUUGGUGGAAUGAGCUAUCUGAAUGCGGAAAAGGAGGACUUUCUGUUAAACCAAAGAUGGGUGAUGCGUUGCUUUUCUGGAGCAUGAAGCCUGAUGCAACUCCAGAUCCUUCAAGUUUGCAUGGUGGCUGUCCUGUUAUUAAAGGGAACAAGUGGUCGUCUACAAAAUGGAUACGUAUACAUGAGUAUCAUGCGUAGUUUACUGUGCCAAAGGUUUGAGGCAAAAGUUUUCAUGAGCUCAUUCUGUAUUGUUUAGCAAACGGUGUCGAGAGUCUCGGGUGAAGCUCCUGAGCUAUCCUCUAUAUGACUAACUUAUACAUGUUUUCAUGCUUCAUGCAAAUCAAUUUUGAUGUACAACUAUUUCACUGCCAAAUUAUACUCUUGCUCAUUACAGUCAAAUGAGAUGUUAUAGACAUGUUGGUGAUCUCAUUUAUGAUUCAUCUAUCUUAUUACCACGUACAAUAAAGAUUGGGUGUUUUCAUAUGCAUUUAAGCAUAAUUUUUU